UCCCUGCAAAAUGGCGAUGGCGGGCGCUUCGACCACCAGAAAAGAACUAGCGCUUUCUCUUUCUAUUUUGAAAAAUAUAAAUCAUGCGCUUUCAAGUAUGAAUCUAAAAGUAUGCAACGGAGGGGUCGGAGAAGGAAUUAGUUUUAGCCAAGCAAGUGUGCUCGUUGACUUCAAGUAUCAUACGGAAGGGUAUACUUUCAGUAAAGAAUACGGAUUUACUGACAUAUUCGAGAAAGGAAACUCAAUUUUGAUGGAUUAUAUAAAAUUGGGGAAAAAACCAAAUGGACCUGAACUACGGGCUUUGGAAGCUUUGUUGUCGUUUAUAUCUCGUAUUGAAGAAGCAAGCAAGGCACUUCAAGUAGAGACACAAGAAUCAGAAGGAACAGGAAGAAAUGAAACCGACUGGGCAGCAAAACUUGCCAUUCAUUUUUUCUCACCCCUUUCAUUGUCAGAAGCAUAUGUUUUGGAUAACCAUAGCAUGAAAAAGAAGAAAGAAUGCCCUUGUCCUUGUAAAGAAGUCAUCAGAUAUGGGGACACAUCAAUUGGUAAUUCGAAAACAUGGUAUGGCAGAUUUGAUAUUUUGAUCGGAAAACGUGCAUAUGAGACUGGAAGAUCAAAAAGGCAGAAGUGUGAAGCUAAUGUUGAUGUAGGUGCAACUGUAGUUCCUGAGAAUGUGGACAAAGAUUCAUCAGAUGAUGAUUUCUCAGAUGAUACUCUCUCUCAAAUUGAAGUGAAGUCUGAAGAUCUUAAAAAUCACUUGUCGCAAUUGUUUUCUCAAACUAUUGUUUUUUCUUUUUAUGAGAAAAAAUGUCACCCAUUUCUAAAUCUUGUUCCAUACAUUGGAGUGAGUAAGAGUCACAUUCAGUUUCAUUUUUAUGAUUCUCAGAAGGACAUUUAUCUUGCAAGUAAAGAGAUGCCAUUAUUUUAUGUGAAUCAAACUUUGCGAUUGCCCACAGUGAUUGCUACCUGGUUAGUUUUAAACUUCAAGCACCUGUUGUCAGAAAUAACAGAAGAUAUGGAAAGAGAGGGAAAGUUUGGGUUCCAUUCUCAGGUUUUACCCGAAAGUUUGAAUCUGUAUAAAACUGAAAUUGAAAUGGGUCUGACAGUUAAACCUAAAACAUUUCAAUUUAUGGUUGCUAAUUAUGUUCCAACAAUUUUUAUUGCCAAAAAAACUGAUGCAGAAUAUGAGUAAGUUUUAACACCUAAAUACACAUAUUUAAAAGAAAUAAGAAAGGGGGAAAUUUGGAGGGAAAAAUUGGGGCUAGAUUAUUGUAUAUUUAUAUUUUAAGUUGAGGGAGCCUUCUGACAAAUAAGUUUGUGUUACAGGGGUUUCUAUACACCCGUCAUUAGACGGGACGUAUUAUGUUAUGGCGCUGUCCGUCCGUCCGACUGGCUGUCCGUCUGUCCCGGGUCAAUGUUUUCUGGACUUUUUUUCAUAAUGGAUGCAUGUACAACUUUGAAAUUUGGUCACAAUAUCUCCCUUAAGAAUUGUAAGAGUUAGUUUGCAUUUCAGGUGGAUUGGUCCAUUGUUUACCUUCUUUAGGGCUAUAAGUAGGUCAAACAGUUUUCCAGACAUUUUUUCCAUUACAGAUACAGAUAUUGCCCUGAAAUUUACACAUAAGCUUCCUUUCAGAGAAAUACAAGUUUCAGAGAAAUACAAGAUUGGUCCAUCCUUGACCUACUUUUUGGGAAAAAUUGGGUCAAACAGAUUUCCGGGCUUUUUUUCAUUAUGGAUACAGAUAUUGCCCUGAUAUGUAGUCAAAGGCUUCCUCUCAGAGGAUUACAAGUUCAGUUUGCAUUUCAGCAGGAUUGGUUCAUCCUUGACCUACUUUUGAACUAAAAAUAGGUCAGACAGUUUUCCAGGCUUUUUUUCAUUACGGAUACAGAUAUUGCCCUGAUAUUUAGUCAAAGGCUCACUGUCCGACGGGUGUAUAUUGUACUAUUUGCGGUACUCUUGUUACUGUCUAAUUGUCAUUUUAAUGAUCUUAUUUGAAAAUAUGGUUGAAUAUUGUCAGACAUGUUUCAUACCAGUUGUACACAUUUUGAAUACUGAUUAUUCCGUGUACCUGAUCAAGAUAUAUGAUUCACGACUUUUGUGACCAGUCAACAGGGGAUGCUCACUCCUCUUAUGAACCUGAUCCCACCUCUGGCAUGUCUGUUGUUUUCAGGGGUCCAUGUUUAAAAUGAAUGAAUUCUCCUGACAUAUGUCGAUGUUUUAACUCUAUUUUAAAUCAAUUAUUGUUUUCUUUUUAUUAUCUUAAUAAUAUUGUUAUUCUUAGGUGUGUUUUUUUUUCUCUAUUUAAUAUUGGAUGUAUUCUUUUCCUUAUCAUUUUUAUGGUCACCAUUUCUUGGAAAUGGGUCGAUUAAUUUUGUUAAAUAUUUAAGGGUGGUAGAUAUUUACUUAAACUUGAUAGGUAAUUUUUCUUAUUUUCAUUAUAUCUUUUUUAGCUCACCUGAGCUGAAAGCUCAAGUGAGCUUUUAUGAUCACCAGUUAUCCGUCAUCUGUCAGUCUGUCUGUCUGUAAACUUCAUACUUUCAACUUCUUCUCCUGAACCACUGGGCCAAUUUCAACCAAACUUGGUACAAAUCAUCCUUGGGUGAAGGGGAUUCAAGUUUGUUCAAAGGAAGGACCAUGCCCCCUUCAAAAAGGGAUAUAUAUAAUCACAAAAAUGCAAAAAUAGGUUGGGUUCAUUUAAAAAUCUUCUUCUCAGAACCACUGGGCCAGAAGAGCUGAAAUUUGCAUGAAAGCUUCCGGACAUAGUGCAGAUUCAAGUUUGUUAAAUCAUGACCCCUGGGGGUGAGAUGGGGCCACAAUAGGGAAUCAAAGUUUUAAAUACAAAUGUAUAGGGAAAAUCUUUAAAAGUCUUCUUCUCUAGAAUCACUGGGCCAUGAAAGUUCAAAUUUACAUGAAAGCUUCCUGACAUAGUGCGGAUUCAAGUUUAUUAGUCCCUUACCGAUGAAGUCGAAGGGGACUUUAGGUUUGCGCUCCGUCCGUCUGUCUGACUGUCCGUCAGUCCUGCAAAUCAGUUCCCGGACUUUUUUUUUGUUACGUGCAAGCAGAUAUUCAUUUGAUAUUUGGUACAUUGCUUUGCCAUAACAAGUUACAGAUCAAGUUCAAAUUUCCUCUCGGUUUUCUUAGUCUUGUCUUUGUACCUGAAUAGUAGUUUAUCUCUAUCCAUUAAUACUCCUAUCUUGGUUUCCCAAUCUUCCCUUUUACCAUAACCUUGGUCUCAUAAUGAACUUCGAAUAUUGUUGUGGUCCAAUAAUUUUUGCCUCCGGUAGGGAACUAUGUAUUGCUAUGCAAUACUCUCAGAAUGCUUGUUUAAACCAUGGCACCCGGGGGUAGGAUGGUGCCUCAAUAGGAGAUCAACAUUUUUUAAAAGAUUUUAAAUUCAAGGGGAAAUCCUGAAAAAGCCCUAAUUUUCCCUGUCAAUUCCUAUUUUUAUG